AUGGUUCUUCCCAACAUUAGUUUCUCUAUGGGCCAACCUACCAUCGGCGCAACUGGCGCACCGGCUGGCGGAGGCCCCCCCAGCGGGCCUCCCCCCCAUGGCGGACCAACCCCCGCGCUUCCCCCCUAUCCCCCACCGUCCAAUGAGGGUUACCCCUCCGGCGGAGGGUACCCGCCGGAUUCUGGGCCGCGUUCUACGGGGCUCGGCGCGCUUGGUGUCGGCGGGGACGGGGGAGACAUGCGCGGGGAUACGCGCGGGGAGCACGGAGAACACAGGCAGAAGCGCUCCGCGGGGGAGAUGUACGGCGGGGAACCGGGCGACUCCGCGCGGGGUGGGGAGCGGGGGGAGCGCGGGGAGCGCGGAGGUGGUCCAGGCGGAGAGAGGGGCGGGGGGAGCGGGGAGCAGAAGCGUUGGCCGGGAUGGCCAGGGGAUAACGUGUUCCGCUUCGUGGUGCCGAUGGGGAAGGUGGGGAGCAUCAUAGGGCGGCGCGGCGAGUAUGUGAAGAAGAUCUGUGACGAGACCAAGGCGCGCGUUAAGAUCGUGGAGGGCGCUCCAGGCCAUGACGACCGCGUGUAUUUGCUCGUGCUAGGCAUUGCAUCAGGGGCAUUGGACGGACUUGGGCAUUGCGUUGAGCAUAACGGCGGCAGCAGCUUGGACGAGUCGACCCUCUCCCCUCUCUCUCUCAUCGCCGUCACGUCACUCCACCUCAUUCCCCCGUGCCUCACUCACAUCGCUCUGUACCUACCUCCCCAGGUGCUGGUUUCAGGGCGGGAGGAGGGAGGAACCGCCGCUCCUUUCCCCUUACCCAAUGUCCAACAUUCACCAGCCUCUCCCCAAUCUCCGUCAUUCUUCCCCCCCAUCCCUACUACUCCUCAGGUGCUGGUGUCAGGCAGGGAGGACCCAGACUCAGAGCUUCCCCCAGCCGUGGUGGCGAUGAUGCGUGUGCACCGUCGGAUCGUGGAGGGCGUAUCAGAGGACGAGAUCGAGGCGUCUCAGCCGGGGGAGGGGUUCCGUGGGCAGGUGGCCACGCGGUUACUGGUGCCGGCUACCCAAGCAGGGAGUUUGAUUGGGCGGCAGGGGCAGACGAUCAAGGCGCUGCAGGACAGCACAGGGGCGCACAUCCGGAUUCUCUCUCUCGGUAUGCUGGCUGAAGUUUGCGUUUCUGAUAGGUGCGUGUUGGAGGACGAGAUCGAGGCGUCUCAGCCGGGGGAGGGGUUCCGUGGGCAGGUGGCCAUUCGCCUGCUGGUGCCAGCCACACAGGCUGGGAGUUUGAUCGGGCGCCAGGGGCAGACGAUUAAAGCACUGCAGGACAGCACAGGGGCGCACAUCCGGAUCCUCUCUCUCGAGGACGUGCCGCCAUGCGCACUGGAGGACGACAGGGUGGUGGAGGUGACGGGGGAGUAUGCGUGUGUGCACGAGGCAGUGAAGGGCGUCACUCUGCAUCUCAGGCGCUUCCUCUGUGACCACUCCGUGCUGCCGCUCUUUGAGCAAUGCAGGCACAUAAAUAACUCUGUCGCUGCGACCAUUCUGUGCUGCCGCUCUUUGAGCAAUGGGUAUGUCCCUCCAUCCUCCCAUGCACCCAUCCUCCCAUGCACCCAUCCUCCCAUGCACCCAUCCUCCCAUGCACCCAUCCUCCCAUGCACCCAUCCUCCCAUGCACCCAUCCUCCCAUGCACCCAUCCUCCCAUGCACCCAUCCUCCCAUGCGCCCAUCCUCCCAUGCACCCAUCCUCCCAUGCACCCAUCCUCCCAUGCACCCAUCCUCCCAUGCACCCAUCCUCCCAUGCACCCAUCCUCCCAUGCACCCAUCCUCCCAUGCACCCAUCCUCCCAUGCACCCAUCCUCCCAUGCACCCAUCCUCCCAUGCACCCAUCCUCCCAUGCACCCAUCCUCCCAUGCACCCAUCCUCCCAUGCACCCAUCCUCCCAUGCACCCAUCCUCCCAUGCACCCAUCCUCCCAUGCACCCAUCCUCCCAUGCACCCAUCCUCCCAUGCACCCAUGCCCAUCCUCCCAUGCACCCAUCCUCCCAUGCACCCAUCCUCCCAUGCACCCAUCCUCCCAUGCACCCAUCGUCCCAUGCACCCAUCCUCCCAUGCACCCAUCCUCCCAUGCACCCAUCGUCCCAUGCACCCAUCCUCCCAUGCACCCAUCGUCCCAUGCACCCAUCCUCCCAUGCACCCAUCGUCCCAUGCACCCAUCGUCCCAUGCACCCAUCCUCCCAUGCACCCAUCCUCCCAUGCACCCAUCGUCCCAUGCACCCAUCCUCCCAUGCACCCAUCGUCCGAUGCACCCAUCGUCCCAUGCACCCAUCGUCCCAUGCACCCAUCGUCCCAUGCACCCAUCCUCCCAUGCACCCAUCGUCCCAUGCACCCAUCGUCCCAUGCACCCAUCCUCCCAUGCACCCAUCGUCCCAUGCACCCAUCGUCCCAUGCACCCAUCGUCCCAUGCACCCAUCGUCCCAUGCACCCAUCCUCCCAUGCGCCCAUCCUCCCAUGCACCCAUCGUCCCAUGCACCCAUCGUCCCAUGCACCCAUCCUCCCAUGCACCCAUCCGCUCCUUCCCUCCCCCCAUGGACCCCAGGGGUGCGCCCUACUCUUCCCCCUCUAGCCGCGGAGGGGGGUGGGGGAACCCGCCCCCGGGGGGAAUGCACUCUCCCCCCCAUCGCUCCCGCUUCGACCUCCCCCCCUCUGCUGCGCCUGACCCAUAUGGCUCCCUCUCUUCCCUGGGAAGCAUGGGGGGUGCUGACAGGUACGGCUCAGCCAUGGGAGGCCUGGGAGCAGGUUCGGGAGGAGGCUUGGGCUACAGCCAGCAGAUUUCUCAACCGCCGCCGCCGCAGCAGCAGCAGCCACCGCCACCAUACCAGCAACAGCCGUACCAGCAGCAGCAGCAGCAGCAGCAGCCGGGGACGCAGGCAGGAGGCGGAUAUGGGGGCGCAGGGGGGAUGGGGGGAGCAGGGGGGGCGGCAGCGGGGCCAGGGGGAGGGGGAAUGGAUGCAAGCGGGCAGUUGAGGGCAGCUCUGUCUAAGUAUGGGAGAGAGACGCCUGCUGCUGCUGCCGCUGCCGCUAUGACCAACACUGUCUCGCCUGUCGUCACGCAGGUCAGCGCAACCAUGCAGAUCCCUCUGUCAUAUGUGGAUGCCAUCAUCGGCCCCAACGGCACCAACAUCGUCUUCCUGCGCCGCACCAGCGGGGCCGCAGUGACCAUUCAGGAGAGCCGGGGGGCGGGCGGGCAGCCGGAGAUGACAGUGGAGGUGCGGGGCAGUGCGACGCAGGUGCAGACGGCACAGCAGUUGAUAGAGGUGCGUGGGGAAGAGUUGAUUCGCUGA